AUGAACCAAACUCAAUCCUAUAUGGAUGUGCAUUCAUCGCACUUUUCAUCCCCCCAGCCCUAUGGCUCGCAUGGUGCCACCGCUGGAACUAUGGUACCAUAUUCGCAUUAUCAACAGCCGCCACCGGUUUUACCGCCUGGCUCGACGGGAUAUCCGUCCACUCCCAGCUCAUACUCGUACCCAUAUUCAAACGGCGUCACCUCGACCACUCAAGCGUCUUCCACUUCGAUCAACAACCAGGUUCCUACUCAGAUUCUACCCUUACCAGCCAUGACCACUCACACUGUAACACCUCAUGGAUAUGUCGGAGGGACAAAUGCAUCGUCACCACAACCCUCGAUCCAUGACCCAACGGGCCAAACCUGUCCUCCAGGGGCGAAGCCGAGGGUUACAGCAACUUUGUGGGAGGAUGAAGGUAGUCUAUGCUACCAAGUUGAAGCCAAAGGUGUCUGCGUUGCUCGACGAGAAGAUAACCACAUGAUAAAUGGUACAAAACUUUUGAAUGUUGCCGGUAUGACUAGAGGUCGCCGAGAUGGUAUUCUGAAGAGUGAAAAAGUCCGCCACGUAGUGAAGAUUGGUCCAAUGCACCUGAAAGGCGUCUGGAUUCCGUAUGAACGCGCUCUAGACUUUGCCAACAAGGAGAAGAUUACCGACUUAUUAUACCCACUCUUUGUUCACAACAUCGGUGGUCUACUCUAUCACCCCACCAACUCGAGCCGCACCAACAUGGUCGUACAUGACUCGCAACAACGCAGGCUGGAGGGCAAUCAGAGUGCCAGAAACUCGCAGGGUCCGCAGGGUCCCGCCCUGCAUCAUCACCACUCUAUGAGCAAUCCUGUUCCAUCACAUCUAUCACAGGCUCCUGCGCCUUCAGUUGCUCCCCAAUCAAAUGGUCGACCUGGACUUGAUCGGGCUCAUACCUUUCCUACUCCUCCGACAAGCGCCUCGAGUUUGAUUGGUAUGCCGAAUCAAGGAAGUACAUAUGAAUGGAAUCCUCAGAAUAUGGGUUCCAACGUACAGCCAUCUCAGCCAUUGUCCAUCGAUACUGGACUGAGUAACGCCCGCUCAAUGCCUGGUACGCCUGCAACCACACCGCCUGGCAGUAACUUGCAAGGCAUUCAACCAUAUCAGAACGCCCCCACCUACGAUGCUUCUAAGUCGUACUAUUCUUCAGCUCCCCCGUCACAACCACAAUAUGCUUCGCAACCAUUAGCGCAACCUAACCUUGCCGCUUAUGGUCAAGCGUACAUGAAGAACGACAUGGCUCCACCCUCUGCGCGACCUUCAAUCGUUCAGGCUGAACCAGACCAAGGCGAUGCGAAGGUUGACCGGUACGCUCAACCAAAUGGCCAGGUAGCGAAUAGCACUAGUGAAGCAGAGCCGGUUCAAGAGCCCGAGCCUGAGUAUAUCCACGACGCUGGUGCUGGGUCAUACUCGAACCGUAACUCUUACACUUAUACUACUAACGCUCCCGUGGGAUCACUUGCUGGGGAUCACUCACAGCUAGCUGCCUCUCCUUCGCAUCAAAAUGGAGCUGACCGCAUGACCCCACGUACAGCUGGCGCAGCUUCUCAACAGUGGCCUCAAGGCUAUAACACACCUCCCAGAGCAGUCCAGGCUGGUAGCCUCUCCAACAUUGUUAGCGACACAAGAGGUGCCCCUAACGGUGAUGCGUAUCCCAAUUCCACGUAUGCACCCACUUACUCAAGCUACUCCUCCAUGAACGGGUCCCUUGGAACGAAAAGACUCCGGGACGAUGAAGAUGAUCGUCUUGGCCGACCUGAUGGGCGUGAAACUGAGUAUGACUCGAAGCGCCGCAAGACGAUCACUGAACCUCCCGUUGGUGGCCCCGUUGGAGGCUCGUUUAUGCAACUGCAGCAGCCUGUGACAGCCGGUGGUGUUGUCCGGCGCCGAUGA